AUGGAGCUGAAGGUAGCCUGGCAGCCGACAUUAUCGGAAAGUGCGAUCGGCCCUCCUGCCAACCCUUCCAGCGAUAACGACAACAACAACGGCAACGGCAACAGCAACGGCAACAACAACGGCAACGACACCGGCCGCCGCCUUUCCUCCGUCUCUUCACUCAGCGACUCCGAGCCCUCCGAGCCCUCCGAGUCGGAGUCUGAGCCGGAGUCGGUGGGGCCCGACCUGGUGGUGCAGGCACACCGGCUGGUCCUCGCGAUGGCUAGCCCAGUCUUUCAGAAGACGCUAUACACCGGAGACUUCAGCGGUCAGCCCGUGAUCAUCCGCAAGUGGAACCCCGGCACGUUCAAACUCAUGAUCGAGUUCAUCUACACCGGCGAGUGCAUCAUCGCAUCGGUGGAACGGGCCCGCGACAUCUUCCACAUCGCGCAGGCGUUCCAGUGCAGCGAGCUGGUGCGCUACAUCUCCCAGUUCGUCACCAGCGCCGUGGAAAGCUACCGCUUCACGCCGCUCACCUGCGCCAACCUCUUCUUCUUCCUCGACUUCUGUCGCGAGGUGCAGAACCAGCCGCUGACGCAGCUCUGCUGGAGCUAUGUGGACCAGUACGCGGCGCGCAUCAUCACCACCGCCGACUUCAGCAGCCUCUCCAAGGACAUGGUGGCUACCAUCUUGGACCGGGAGACGUUCGACGCCGGCGACGAGCUGGUGGUGUUUCCUGGCGGUGAAGCGUACUGCGCCCACACCGUCGCCGACCUGCUGCCCUUCGUCAAAAUGGAUCGCAUCGACGAGAGCGACUUCAUCAAGACGGUGCUGCCCUCCGGCCUGGUGGGGCCGCAGGAGCUGGUCAGCUUCUUCAUGACGCGCGGCAUCGAGAUUCCGCGCAACAUCGACCUGCACGACAACCAGUCGGCGUGCCGCACGCUCAUGGAGCCGGGCCGGCGGCGCGUGCUGCCCUACGGCCGUUGCCUGCGCUACCGAGCCGGGUACAAGCUUUGUCGCGACGACAUGGACAGCGUGCACGAGCUGCGCUUCCGUGCCGACGCCGACCUGCAGCUGGUGGGCGUGCAUCUGGGCUACAUCUUCAGUCAGCUGGAGUUGGGGCUGACCGUGCGCGUGCAAGGCCCGUUCGAGCGCGUACAGUGGACGGACAUGUUCUCGCAGUACCACCGCGUCAGCGGCGACGGCGUGGGCGCGCAGCCGGCCGACAUGCGCGUGCUGUUUCACCAGCCGGUGGCGAUCGAGGGCGGCUGCUGCUACAAGGUGGCCGUCACGGUAGACCGCUGGAAGUACACGGCCGGCGACUUCAACAUCUGGGGCGGCCAGAGCGGUGUCGGCCUCUCGGUCUAG